AUGUGGAGCUCGUCGUCGUCGUCGUCGGAGGUGGAGGGGGAGAGGCGGCCUUUGCUGCCGCCGUUGCCGGCCCCCUCCUCCUCCUCCUCCUCACGCCAGGCCCGGGCCUGCGCGGGCAGUCGGCUGUACGGCCGCCGGUGGCUGAUCCUGGCCGUCUUCUCGCUGCUGGGCUUCACGCAGGGCCUGGUGUUCAACGCCUGGGGCCCCAUCCAGAACUCGGCCAAGCGGGCGCUGGGCUUCACCACCCUGGACAUCACGCUGCUGGUGCUGUGGGGCCCCAUCGGCUUCCUGCCCUGCUGCCUCUUCAUGUGGCUGAUGGACAAGAAAGGCCUACGAUCAACUGUGGUUGUAAGUGCCUUACUAAUGAUGACUGGCGCGAUACUGAGAUGCAUCCCCAUGAACAAUCAACUGACCAAAAAGUGGUUAAUCCACACUGGCCAGCUGUUCAAUGGUUUGGCUGGCCCCGUCUUUAUGACUGCUCCUCCAUUCCUCUCCACAACCUGGUUCCCUCCAGACCAGCGAGCUACAGCCACUGCGAUUGCAUCAUUGCUAAACUACUUUGGAGGCGCAUGUGCAUUUCUAUUAGGCCCUUUAAUGGUGCCUGCGCCCAACGAGACUGUUCCUCUCCUUUCCGUCUCCAACCAUCAGACUGAGCGCAUGAGGGAUCGCAUUCAAGCACUGCUAUACAUAGAAUUCGGUGCGACAGCUGUGCUGUUUGCUGCCGUGUUGGCCUAUUUCCCAUCUCGCCCUCCUCUUCCACCCAGUAUAGCUGCUGCAAGUCAGAGGCUCAACUACAGAAGCAGUAUCUGCAGGUUGCUUGGCAAUUUUAGGUUUCUGAUGAUCUCGCUGGCCUAUGCUGUGCCGCUGGGAGUAUUGUCAGGAUGGUCGGGUGUACUAGACUUGAUUGUGACGCCUCUCAAAAUAAGCCAGGUUGAUGCUGGUUGGAUUGGGUUUUGGUCUCUAUUUGGUGGCUGUGUUUUUGGAAUAGUGAUGGCGAGGUUUGCAGAUUUCUUCAGAGGGAUGUUGAAACUGAUUCUUCUCUUGCUAUUUUCUGGAGCCACGCUGUCAUCUGCCUGGUUUGCUCUUACCUGUAUCUCCAGUGUCACUCACCUGCCUGUGACCCCAGCGAUCUUGUACACAUCAUGUAUUUUAAUCGGAGUGUUCGUGAAUAGCAGCGUUCCCUUCUUCUUUGAACUCUUUAUGGAAACUGUCUACCCGGUGCCCGAGGGCAUCAGCUGUGGAUUUGUGACUACCUUGAGCAAUAUCUUCAUGGGAUUAUUACUGAUGUUUCUGGCAUUUUAUCACACUGAUGUUUACUGGCUGAAUUGGUGCCUGACUGGAUCCUGUCUGUGUAGCCUUCUGUUGAUCCUGAUGUUCAGGGAAUCCUACGACCGACUGUACCUCGAUGUCUUCGUCUCCAUCUGAUAUUUCCAUUGUUGGCGGAAAUGGAUGGAUUCCUGAAAAGACUGAAGUGUGUGUUGGUGAUUGGGGGUGGGGGGGAGAUUGGGGAGGAGAAACUCUGCAGAAGACUGCAGAAUAAGAAUGCACAGUUGCUUGUAAUUGCACAUCCUUUUUAAGAAGGAACUAACUGGUACUCAGACCUAUGUCAAGGCUUCAUCCCUAUAGAUUUUCCUUUUUGCUUUUUUUUUAUAUCUUAUAUAAAAAAAAAGUUUUCAAAGUCAUUGUAUAUAGAUGGUGAAAUUGUUGAUUAAUCAUGGAGAGGAUUUUUUGUUGUGCGUGCAAUGAAAUGAGCUAACUUAUUUAUUUGGCCUACUUAAGGAAAUUUGAGUAGUGGGUGCUGAACGUUAGUGGUGCGAUGAUCAGGAAGGAGGGGGUAGGGGUGCUUAUACUGCACUUUGAACGGUGGCAAUGAGGGCUGAGAGCUAGCUAAUCCCGAAGAAACCUGGCUGCCAGCUGCAGUUGAGUGGAUCCUUUAUCAUUGUCCUUCUUUGUUCUGGUCAGCCGGGUGUCUGACACAUGCGGAAAUCAUCACCGU